AUGAAACGAUACAGGAGCUACGAGAGACAGCAGCUGGACGAGAGCCCAAAUUCUGAAGCUAAGAAAGAUCUUCCACUCCUCGUCAGCCUUGAAAGACCCGUAUCUCCACCAUCAAGACGGGCUGCACCAGUCGCAGCGCCAUCGCCGAAGGAGACUGCUUCGGGCCUGCCGCAAGACACAUCACUCAGCCUUGCCGCCAUCGAAGCAGGCGAAGUGAAGGUCACUGACCACCUGGGUAUCAUCUCCGAAAAAUUCAAAGGAUGCAUCCGCCAUUUAAUUCCCCAGUCACCCCAUCGUCUUACAAUGGACGAAUGGACAGACCUUUAUCGCCGCAAUGCACACCCGCGAGGCCGCCACUUCGUCAUUCACCAACAUGAUCACCCCGUCGCUGGUCCACACUAUGACCUCCGAUUACAAUUCUCAGAAACCAGCUCUGUCAGUUGGUCCAUAAUGUAUGGAAUGCCCGGGCACCCGAACAGCGAGAGAUUGAAUCGAAAUGCGACUGAGACUCGCGUUCAUUGUUUAUGGAACCAUAUUCUUGAGACUGCAUCAGCCAAAACGGGGUCAAUUAUUAUUUGGGAUACUGGGGAGUAUGAGAUUCUUCCGUGGAAGAGGGAGGAAUCUUUGCCCCAAACUGAUGAUUCGCGAUCCGAAUCUGAUGUCGAUGUUACGGAGGGAGAACAGUGUGCGGAUAGCAUGAAGCUGCACGAGGCAUUUAAGAGGCGCAAGAUCCGUGUCCGUCUUCAUGGUGCACGACUACCAGAGGGAUAUACCAUCAUCCUUCGACUAGACAAGAAGACGGAUUACGCGCGGCCGAUACGUAAAGGCCCAAAACGCCGCAGACGCGACCCGAAAGCGACCCAGUUAAAUCGAGCACCAUCCACCUCGAAUUCGGACUCGGACUCCCAUCUAUCUCCUGGUCAAACCGCACCUCGAGGAUCUCCAACGCCCCACGACACCACGCACUCCGACAAUGACGUCGACACCACUAUACAAAAGAACAACGCUUACCCCGGCUCACACAACACCAUCGGCUCCAUACACCAGCGUCGCUGGUAUCUCAGCAUGGACCGCGAGGCCUCAGGAUUCAAUUCCAUUGGAAGACACAAAAACCGGGGAAAAAGAAAUGGGCCCGAAGACAAGACAACAGGGGAUCUUCCGGCUUUGAGCCCUUCU